AGAAGCUUCUUCGUCAAGAAUGUAUGAGUCAUUCAUUGAAAACUAUGGAGGCUAAGGCCAUUAAAACCCACUCACCUGGUUUUCAAUUUGCGCUACCAAAACCAAUCAACCAUGUCUAUGUAAACAAUUAUCGACAGCUGGAGUUAGAAAUAUCAAAUGGAGGAAAAUCUUCCGCCCGGUUUUAGGUUUCAUCCUACAGAUGAAGAACUCAUCACUUACUAUCUGAGCAACAAAGUUUCUGAUUUUGAGUUCACAACAAAAGCUGUUGCUGAUGUUGAUCUUAAUAAGUGUGAACCAUGGGACCUCCCAGCAAAAGCAUCAAUGGGAGAAAAAGAGUGGUACUUUUUCAGCCUAAGAGACCGAAAAUAUCCAACGGGGCUAAGGACUAACCGUGCAACAGAGGCAGGCUACUGGAAGACAACCGGUAAAGACAAGGAAAUAUUACGAGGCAAUGUUUUGGUGGGCAUGAAGAAAACACUUGUUUUCUACAGAGGCAGAGCUCCAAAAGGCCAUAAAACCAACUGGGUCAUGCACGAAUAUCGGCUAGAAAACAAGCCAGCCUUCAAACCCACCAAGGAAGAAUGGGUUAUCUGCAGAGUGUUUGAAAAGAGCUCCACAGUUAAAAAGUGUGAACAACAGACGACUCGAGCAGUAUCCCCCGAAAUCAUGCUAAACGAUCAAUUCGGAGGAGACGACGAGCUGUCGAAUUUCACUACGAAUAAUGAGUUACAACAACAGCAGCAACAACAACACUACAACAACAUGAACAUGAACAUGAUAAUGAGCAACUUGCAAUCAUUGCCCAAUAUCAACUCAUUGCUUCUCACAGCAUUGCAGCUUAGAGCAUCAGCACAUAAUAAUAAUAAUCAUGUGAACUACUCUUUUAUGCAUAUGCCUCCACUUGAACAUUAUUUCGACACUUCAACAUCGAGGCCUGUCUCCGAAUCACUCCCGCCGCCACCUAUGGACGACCAAACCUUCAAUGUUGAGUCCAAUAAUAUUUGGUGAAUGAAAAAAGAUGUUGAUAAUUAAUUAAGUAAUUCAGCCAAUUAGGUAGGUGGUGGUGGGCCAACUCCAAUAUCGUGUCUCAAAUAAAUCAACGUGUAAUGGUAAUCGUCAAACAACAGUUAGCAGUUAUCCAAUUUGACACAAGAAGGAAAUCCUUCUUACAUUGUAUAUUUGGUUGUGCUUUCUUUUCUAUUUCAGUUUAAUUGCAACCAAAAUGCAAGAAAAGUUACAUUAGUGUAUUUCUUUUAUUUUUUAUUUUAUUAUUUUUUUUU